AAAAGUGGAGAGGGAGAGGGAGAGAAAGACAAAAGUAAACGGAGAUUUCGAAGAAAAGAAGACGAGGAAUAAGUCAGAAGGGUUUUGAUUGACUAAGAACAAACCAACAGCAUGGAAAUUCUUGUAAUUAGAGACUUAAAUCUUAUUAAUAUCAAAGGUGGGGUGAGAGCUUUGAUCCAACAACAGAAUAAAAAAGAUUAUGGAUUCAAAGGAAAUCCUUUCAAUCUUUUCUUUCCUUUUACUCUUUCUUCAAUCACACGCUCGACCUCCGGUGGAAUCUUCCCUGCCUUCCGGGCCAUCGUCACCGGCGCCGGCUCCUGGGCCUAGUAACCAUUGGUGUUGGCUUUCGUCAACGAGUUGUCAUAACGAAAGCUUAAGGGCGUGCCUUGAUCCUGCGUCAAUUGGUUCAAAGAAAGUAAUAGUACUGGUGAUGAACGAAGGAGAGAGAAACCUAAAUGUCAGUGUGAGUAUGUCACAUGGCAAGACCAAGACGGUGGAAGUGCUCCCUAACCUAACUCGAAAGGUUGAGAUCACAGCAAAAGUUGGUGGAAAUUCAACCAUACAAAUAGAUGCUGGAGAAUUGAGGUGUGCAAUUCACAUACGAGCAGCAGCAUCAAGUUACGGCAUAUUCAAUUAUAUCCCUUUCCCCAGGCAUAUAAGCCCCAUCUACUUAGUGAUUCUAACAGGUCUGAUCAUCGGCAGUACGUACGCCUGCUACAAGCGAAGCAAAAGGGACGAUGGAAUCGCAUACCAGCAGCUUGAAAUGGGGCAACCCGUCUCGUCUUCACCUAACAAUGUCGAUGUAGAAACAGCUCAAGGUUGGGAACAAGAUUGGGAUGGCGAGUGGCAGGAGGUGAAGUCAAAACUAGCAUCUGUGAAUGGCCUUUCUUCUAGGUCUGGCAAGCGAGAUGAUGAUUAGUUUCAAUAUGCAACACCAUUUGAGGGUACCAUUCAUACAUAUACAUGGUUAUAUUGCACCUACGUAUAGGCAACAUUGGCAUUGAGGAAGAAAGGGGAUGGGAUUUGAGACGCCUUAAUUUGUCUUUAAUACUAAAAAACUUGCAGAUACUGGUCUUGGAAUUUAUGCUCAAAGCAGAGCUUCUGCCAUUACACAUAUUUAGAUUUACAUUGUUUUAA